AUGCUGAAUCGCUGUCGCCGCCGGCUGCUGCACGUCCUGGGCCUAAGCUUUCCGCUGCUGACCCCUCUUCUCUCCCCUCCCCACCUCAUGAAGCCGCUGGUCGUGUUCGUCCUCGGCGGUCCUGGCGCUGGCAAGGGGACGCAGUGCGCCCGUAUCGUCGAGAAAUAUGGCUACACGCACCUUUCUGCAGGAGAACUGCUUCGUGAUGAAAGGAAGAAUCCAGAUUCACAGUAUGGUGAACUCAUUGAAAAGUACAUUAAAGAGGGGAAGAUUGUGCCUGUCGAGAUAACCAUUAGUUUAUUAAAGCGGGAAAUGGAUCAGACCAUGGCUGCCAAUGCUCAGAAGAACAAAUUCUUAAUUGAUGGAUUUCCAAGAAAUCAAGACAACCUUCAAGGUUGGAACAAGACUAUGGAUGGGAAAGCAGAUGUAUCUUUUGUUCUGUUUUUUGACUGUAAUGAUGAGAUCUGUAUUGAGCGAUGUCUUGAGAGGGGAAAGAGUAGUGGCAGGAGUGAUGACAACAGAGAGAGCUUGGAAAAGAGAAUUCAGACUUAUCUUCAGUCAACAAAGCCAAUUAUUGACUUAUAUGAAGAAAUGGGGAAAGUCAAGAAAAUAGAUGCUUCUAAAUCUGUUGAUGAAGUUUUUGAUGAAGUUGUGAAAAUUUUUGACAAAGAAGGCUAACUCUAAACCUGAAGGCCUCCUUGAAAUCAUGCUUGAAUAUUGCUUUGAUAGCUGCUAUCACAAACCCUUUUGAAGGCAAUUUUAAUCUUUCAAAAUUACAUCUCAGAUUAAUGGCUGGAAAGUAUUUAGUUAAAGACAAAUUAAAUUCUUUGUUUGUUUUGGUCACAGGACUAGACAGUGAAUUCAGGUUUAACUUAAUCUUAGUUAUGGUGCUCACAAAACAAAGAAGGGUAUCAGCUAGUCCUUUGUUUUUAUUCAAAAAAAUCCCUUUUAUAGUCUGUGCCUUCUGUGAGCAAGACUUUUUAAAUAUGCAUGUUUAGUAAUUACAACAUGUUAGGAUUAGGGACUCCCACUUCCUGUUUUCUUGCAGGUUUUAAAUUUCCAAUCUGUUAAGUGAAUUUGUGGACCAAAUUUCAAAGGAACUCUGUGUAGUCAGUCCUUGCACAAUGUGCUUGGUAAACAAACUCAUAAAACGGAUUCCUACCAAUGUUUUAGUAUUUAGCAAAUAACUGACCAUUUGCUAUAGAAGGGUAAGAAAGUUUAGGCUUUGUUUUAUUAUAAUUUGUACAAAGUUGUAUGACAGGGCACACUCUUUGCUUCCAAGAGUUGGGUUGGGGGUCCUGAGGGUUCUGAGAGCCUGGCAGAAUUAUCAGCUUUAUUCUGAUAUAAUCUGAGGGUAUGGGGCAAGGACCGCUUCUAAUGGCUUGUGUUCCUUGUACUCUGUGAUGUGAUGUUUAUGAUUGUAUGGAGCUUGAUAAAAUUCCAAGUGGUGGAACUUUGACACACAUGUGCUAGAUUUAUGCUAAAACAAUUCAGUUCUCAUUUUAGUUAACACUUCAAAGUUUUUGUUUGUUAUCUAUACUAAAUGUAGGGGUAGGGUAAAUUAGAAGAAGCAAUUUAAUGGUUAAAGUUCCCAUUUGUAUUUUAUUUUCUUGAAUACUUUUUUCAUAGUUAUUUGUUUAAGAAAAUUUAAAAAUCAUUGCACUUUGAUCAUAAAAAUAAUAAAUAUAUCAUAAAUGUUUGA